AAAUAAGCCUAAUUCCUAAAGAAGAGGGGGGGUUUUCAAGGGUUUUGCAUCUCCCUUGUAUCCGUUAGAAGAGAGAGAUCACGGCAGCCAUGAAUCAGGGCAAGAGAAUCCUGAGUUCGCUUCGACUGAAGAAUUCGCUGUUUCUUACUCAGCUUUCUCGAGCUCCCUCGCCCAACCCUCAGGUGACUCACUACUUUUACCUUUCUCCUUCCCUUCCCACACAAAUUUGUACUUCUGCUACUAUACUCGGCGCCCAUCAAAAUGUUUCCUUUUCAUCAAAACCUGAAUCUUUUGUAGACAUUAUACUAUCCAACGACUGGUCCAAACAUUUAGAAAAGGAUUUAGGAAAACUUGAUUUUCCGGUGACCCAUGAAGCUGUUAUGUAUCUGUUGAAGAAACUUGAUAAAGACCCGAAAAAGGCUGGAAAUUUCUUGAAAUGGGUAAUUAAGCAAAAGAGGUUUGAACCUAGUUCUGCUAUGUACAGUUUGAUGCUCAGAAUUUAUGCCAAUAAGGAUUCUAUGAAGGACUUUUGGAUUACUAUUAAGGAAAUGAAAGAGAAAGGUUUUUAUAUUGAUGAGGAAACUUAUAAGUCAAUUCAUUCCGUUUUUAGGAAUUUGAAAAUGGAAACUGAUGCCACUGCUUUGAAGCAUUUCUAUGGUAGGAUGAUUAAAGAAAAUGCUAUGGGUGAUUUGGCAAUCGAUGUGUCCGAAUUGAUUAAGAAACAAGAAUGGGGAUUCGAGGUGGAGAGACAAUUACGGGAAAUGAAACUCUCGGUGUCGGAUAAUUUUGUGCUUAGGGUGUUGAAGGAACUUAGGGAAAUAGGAUAUCCGCUUAAAGCUUUCAACUUUUUCAAAUGGGUUGCUAGGAGUUUAGGUUUUCAGCACAACACCGUUACUUACAAUGGGAUUCUUAGGGUUCUUUGCCGAGAAGAGUCGAUUGAAGAGUUUUGGAGUGUGGUAGAAGAAAUGAAGAGCAUAGGUUUUGAAAUAGAUCUUGAUACAUAUAUAAAGAUCUCAAGGCAUUUUCAGAAGAUUAGGAUGUUGAGAGAUGCAGUAGAACUAUACGAGCUGAUGAUGGACGGUCAGUUUAAACCAUCACUUGGUGAGUGUAAUAUUCUUUUAAGAUCCAUCGCACAGUCAAAUCCCCCAGAUCUUGAUCUGCUAUUUAGAGUUGUGGGAAAAUUUGAGGCAGCAGGGCAUUCACGCUCAAAGAUUAUUUAUGAUGUCAUUCAUAGGUGUUUGGCUAACUUGGGGCGAUUUGAGGAAGCAGAGAAGAUAACAGAAGCUAUGAGAGAUGCAGGAUUUGAACCUGAUAAUAUUACCUACAGCCAAUUAAUCUAUGGACUCUGCAAAAUGCGGAGGUUGGAGGAGGCCUUGAACGUGAUUGAUGCGAUGGAAGAAUGUGGAUGCAUUCCGGAUAUCAAGACUUGGACUGUUCUGAUACAAGGGCAUUGUUUAGCUGGUGAAGUUGAUAAGGCACUGUUUUGUUUUGCUAAGAUGAUGGAGAAAAAUGUUGAUACAGAUGCUGAUCUGUUGGAUGUACUGCUUAAUGGUUUCCUAAGUCAGAGAAGAGUUUUUGGUGCAUAUCAGUUGUUGAUCGAGAUGGUGAAUAGGUUUCAAAUGCGCCCGUGGCAAGCAACUUACAAACUUAUCAUUCAAAAGCUCUUAGGGGAAAGGAAAUUCGAAGAAGCAUUAGAUCUCCUCCGUCGGAUGAAGAAACACAAUUAUCCGCCUUUUCCUGAACCCUUUCAUCAAUAUAUUUCAAAGUCAGGAACAGUGGAGGAUGCGGUGGAGUUUUUGAAGGCGUUGAGCGUCAAGGACUAUCCAUCUGUUUCAGCCUACCAACAUGUUUUUCAGACCUUCUUUGCUGAAGGUAGACAUUCCGAGGCUAAAGAUCUGCUUUACAAGUGCCCACAUCAUAUACGCCAACACCCAGCAAUUUGUGGCCUCUUUGGUUCUCCAAAUUCCAACAGUGGAAAAGUGAAAAGGUUCACCCGGAAGAGCUUGAGUUCUGCUUAGGGCACAAGGUGCAGUUAGUUCCUGAAGAGUGAAAAGAGCUCGCAAGAUCGUUCAUCUGCAUUUUCCAUCCUUUCUACUGUCAUUGCCUGUGUCUUAGAAAUGUGGAGUUAUAAAGAAAGGGUAAGAGUAUAAUUGAAGCAACGGACCGUCUUAUCUAUACUUGUAGCGUUCUGCGCAUUUACGAUUUUAAUCACAGGACUCGGGAGAUGUGAAAGAACUGAAUCCUGGUACGGCUGGGUUGUGACUGUCAUGCUUGUUCCUGUAAUCAUGCUUCAAAGAUGUUCUCGCUGACUGUUAUAGGUAGGAAGCAUGUUUUACUAAGCUGAGAUAAUGAAUGACUAAGUGGAUUUGACUGUUUGAUUAUCUAUUUCUGGCCAAAUAGUAGGAUCUUGGUCUCAAACUGAUGUGGAGUUGAUUCUUUGUAGGAUCUGGUGAAAAUGAACAAUGUCAUAGCAUGUACUUUGUGUUACUAUAACUUUUGGUGUUUACUUUUUUAAGUGGUGUAAGUCAAGCUGUUGAAUUGAGCUUUUUCCCUAUGGCCCCCAUCAACUGCAGCUUUGCAAUCCUUUUGUGCUGAAUCAAACAAGUACAACUCCUGUUGCUACGAAUGAUACAGCAAUAUUUCUUCAAUAUUGGUUUGAUGUCUCGUUAAGUCCAAUUUUUUCCCUUUUCCUUGCUGCA